AUGGAGUAUGGGAAUGGCACGGAGGUGACAGAGUUUGUGCUGCUGGGACUGGCCCAGACCAGAGAGGUCCAGCUCUUCCUCUUGAUUUUGUUUCUCAUCUUCUACUCAUUCAUCCUCCCGGCUAACAUCCUCAUCAUACUCACCAUCUGGGUGGACCCCCACCUGGACUCCCCCAUGUAUUUCUUCCUGGCCAACUUGGCUUUCCUGGAUAUUUGCUACUGCUCCAUUACCCCUCCAAGGAUGCUGGUCGACUUCUUUGCCCAACACAAGGCUAUCUCUUAUGGGGCCUGCAUAACCCAGCUAUUCUUCCUCCAUUUCUUAGGAGGGGCUGAGAUCUUCCUUCUGAUCUCCAUGGCCUUUGAUAGGUACGUGGCUAUCUGCAAGCCUCUGCACUAUACCACUGUGGUGAACAGGGGGGUCUGCUGGGCCCUGGUGGUGGCUGCCUGGAUAGGAGGGCUGAUUCACUCCACCAUCCAGGUUGCCCUCAUUGUUCCUCUCCCUUUCUGUGGCCCCAAUGAACUAGACAACUUCUUCUGCGAUGUCACCCAGGUGAUCAAGCUGGCCUGCACUGACACCUACCAGCUGGAGUUUUUCAUGUUCAUCAACAGUGGCCUAGUCAUCUUUGCAUGCUUCUUCCUCCUGCUGAUCUCCUACGGAGCCCUGCUGGUCCGGCUCAGGGCAAGCUCCUCCCAUGGGAAGAGCAAAGCAGCCUCCACCUGUGUCACCCACAUCAUCAUUGUCUUUGUCAUGUUUGGCCCAGCCAUCUACGUCUACUGCCGGCCCUUCCGUAGCUUCCCCACGGACAAGGUGGUGGCCGUCUUCCACACCGUGGUCUUCCCCCUCGUGAAUCCCAUGAUCUACACGCUGAGGAACAGGGAGAUCCUCAGUGCUGCAGCAAGGGUAUUGGCCACAUAUGGGGUCUGGAGAAAAGAAUAG